ACUAAGGAGUCACCAGGAUUACGAAAGUGAAUCGGGCAAGCGCUGCAUAUAGCAGACACCAAUUUUGUUUGUAUACAUCAGAUCACAAAUUUCACCAGGUCACAGAAAUGAUACUUUACAAAAUCGUAAGCAGAUGUACAUUUUUGAAAAUCUCAACUGGGAUGGAAAAUAUGACAAACAUCUGAUUUCCGUUGACGGUGAUACGAAAAGUUUGAACUCUUCAAUUUCUGAUAAGGUCAGACAAGGUAUCCCGGAGAAAAAUAUAUGUUCAUUGUUUUGUGGUGGGUCAAAAUGUAAAUAUUGUGACCCACCAUCACACUUUGAUGUUUCAAAAAUGCAAAUUUAUGGAUUGUACUCAACAUGGAUAACACCAAAUAUCUUAGCGUCGUCAAGACCUAGUCGGGAUUUGGUGGACAGAUUCGCUAUUAUUGAUCAGUUUCAAAAGAUGAAUAUAUGCUCUAUAUUUAACAUGCAGACACCAGGGGAGCACAGCAGUUGUGGUUACGGUGUGCUGAGCUCUGGAUUUUCAUAUGAACCAUCACAAUUUAUGCAGAGAAAUAUAUUUUUUUAUAAUUUCAGCUGGUGUGAUUAUGGUGUUGCUUCACUCUCUUUUAUUCUCGACACUGUAGUAGUUAUUCAGUUUUCAAUACUGAAAGGAAAAGUCGCUAUUCACUGCCACGCUGGCCUCGGUCGAACUGGUGUAAUAAUUGCCUGUUACUUGGUAUUUAAUAACCGCAUUUCAGCUGGUGAAGCCAUCCGGUAUGUCAGAUUUAGAAGACCAGGGUCUAUACAGACACAAAAUCAGGUCGAAAGCAUUUAUCAGUUUGAAAAGUUCCUACAUCUUUAUCGAAUAAACUUUGGUUCACACGAACAAUUUAGCUUAAGUACAUAUUUGCAAAGGCAAAACGCCCUAUUCCACGGGUCAGAACGAAGGAAACUUAGAAAUAUUCCCAAAAUUGUAUAUAUGUGUUGCAAACUACUUGUCAGAUAUGCUAAGACAGGAUGUACAUCAAUACAAACGAAUUCACCAGACUUUCGAUCAGUAACCAGAACAUCUGAAGUAUGUCCAACACCAUCAACUAUUUGUACGAAUAAUCUAUUUGAAGAAGAAAAUGAAUCGGUGAAUACGAAUACAAAUUGUACAUACGAAAACAAUACCAACCAUGUGAACAUUAUUCCCAAAUCUCCAGUUGGUGUAAACAUUGUUGUGGAAGCCUUACUAACCACCCAAUAUCCUGAAUCUGUUGUAAAUGAAGCUGAAUAUUGGAAAAGGAAAUUUAACAAUGAUCCUGAAGUGUGGGAUGAUUUCGUUAAAAACCCGAUUAAUCCAUUGGUUCUAGUAAAAUUGAUCAAUGACUGGUUAACACAUUUAAAGUCUCCUGUUCUGCGUGUACAAGAUUUACUCAGCUUGCAACAAAACCCUUUAUUCGAAGAAAAUAUUCUCGAAUCGCUUGAAACUCUUGAGAAACCAGUGGUGUGUUUAAUGAGUCUAUUCGCAAGACUGAUAACCAAUUUACAACCUUUAUGUGAAAUAAAAGAAUAUCAAUUAAUACAACGUAUUUUGAAUUGGUUAUGUCAAAACCAAUCAAAGGCUUACACCUGCCAUCAAUUAUCAUCUUCAACAAUAAAAAAUGCACAAACAAUAAUAUCAACCGAUUCAAACAAUUUCAAUGUUCAACUACCAUAUCAUUCACGAUUCGAUGAUUCAAUGAGAAUAGCUAUUAGAAUUAUGCGUUUUUUAAUUGAUUUUGUAAAGCCGAACUGUGGACCAUCAGUUGAAAAGACUGAUUCAUUGUCUUCUUAUUCAUCAUCUACUAACUUAUAUUGAUCACCAAAUGACAGUGAUGACCCAUGACACUGAUAGUCAAAGUAUGGUCAGCUAUAUGGUCAAGGAAAUCAACUCUGAGAUUAUAAAUUUACCUAUUUUUUAAGUAAUUUGUUAUUCUUACUGUUAAUAGUAAUAGAAUUAAUUACUAAAUAAAAGAGUAAGAUGUUCAUAUGAUUGCAAGCAA